AUGCAGCAGAUAUACCGCAAACGAGAGCCGGCCCAUCGCCUGGACGGGACCCUUGCACAGCAACCGCUGCAGCCACAGCGCAUUCGACGCGCCCGCGAAGAACAGCACGGCCCCAACAGCCUGCCACAUCCGUUGCGUAUCAAGCCAAGGCGACCACUGCGUCCAAUGCCACGUGGACAAGACGCGCAGGAACCCGUAUCCCGCUGGAUAGGAGGAGUCAUCCAUGUCCUUCGCCGACGGAAGACAAAGGAGAUACACGCCCGCAGCGAAGCCAACGACCAGCAAAGUGCGUCUCGCACGCACGCCGACACAAGCGCGUUGCGUCGAAACCAGCUCCCUCUCCGCCUCGACUUCAGCGAGAAACAAGCCGGCCAUGAAGCUCAGCAGGUCCCAGUACGCAUACCAGCACAUAUACAGCAUGAGGGCAACGAGACUAACGAGCCGCGUGGCAGGCGACCAGGGCGCCUGAACGAAAACAGUGAGCAUGGCAAAGCAGGACCCGCGGAACUCGUACGACAUGGUCCACAACUGCUCGUUGAUGCCCUCGUUAUACUGCAGGGCGAUGCCGUUCAGCCCGUCCAUGAGGAACUCAGCCGCGUAGCGCACAUGCCGCCAUGGCGCAACACCCGGCUGGAUUUGAUGCGUCACUUUGGGCCUGAAGCCGUGGGCGUAGCCGUCGAAGUAGUACACGAGAUGGGAUGGGAUGGAAAGGAGCAAGACGGGCAGGAAGAGGCGUAG